AUGGCAAACGCUACUCUAUCCAAAGACGCCAGCAUUGGCGACUCUACUCUAUACGAGCAGUUUCAUGAACUCAGCCAACUCUGUUGUAAAGAUCGCGAGGCAAAGCUCCAGGUGUUCUGCGAGAGUUUUUGGGACAGGCUUGAACGCAGCCCCCGCCCUAUAGAUGCUCUUCUUUUAGCUUUUACAACUCUCCUUGCCAGCGAUAAUAACCUUCCACUUGUUCAAUUAGUUAUUCCUAACCUUCAACCUGCCGCCGUCAUCCCUACCAACUCUCUAAAGAGAGACCUCGUACGUCGUUUUCAAGGCCGGCAACCACUAUUCGAGCUAUCGAGCAGUUACCAUCGGACACGCCAUUCUGAAGCCCAUCAUCAGUUUAAGGAAGAGAAAAAGGCUCUGCAAGAGGCAGAGCUGUACCGAGCGAGCAUUUUGCUCUGUGGUCAUGGCAAUCCUAGCGAGGCAUACAAGGAGCGUGUACGCCAAUGGCUACUCGGUUUCCCUAAAGAAGACGUAUAA